UUCUAGAAAAUUGCAGAAUUUCUGUAAUCUUCUCCGUCUUCAAUUCCAUUUCUAGAGAGAGAACCAGAUCUAGAGAGAGAGAGAGGGAAAAUGGAGGGAGAAAUCAUUAACUUCACCAUGGUCUGGUUAAUCGUCUGUAUGUCUCUCUGUUACUGCCAUACCGCCGGUAAAAUCCUCCAUCCCGGCGCCGGCCGGUUCCUCGCCAUCUCUCCCGUCGUCCUCCUCUUCUUCCUCCUCCCUCUGCAGCUAACUUCAGUCCACCUCGGCGGCGCUACGGCCUUCUUUAUCGCUUGGCUCGCGAACUUCAAGCUCCUCCUCUUCGCCGCCGGAAAUGGCCCUCUCUCCGCCACUCCGCCGCUCCCUCUCCGCCGAUUUCUCGCUCUCUCUUGCUUGCCGAUCAAGAUCCUCCAAAACCCCUCGGAGAAACAGAGCCCUAAAAAUCACCACGAAACCUUAAAUCAAGAACCCAAAUCGUUCCUCAACUACUGGAUUAAAGCCCUAAUCGUUGCAUUAAUGGUGAAAUUGUACGAUUACUCGGAGUUUAUUCACCCGAAAGUAAUCUUGUUCAUUUAUAGCUGGCACGUGUACUUUUUUCUUGAGAUUAUUUUAGCCAUCACACAGUUUUUCGGACGGACUCUGCUCGGGAUCGAACUCGAGCCGCAAUUUCACGAUCCGUACUUCUCGACUUCGCUUCAGGAUUUUUGGGGGAGGCGGUGGAAUCUGAUGGCCACGAACAUUCUUCAGCCGACGGUUUACAAACCGACGGUCAAGAUUGCUGCUAAGGUCGUCGGACGAAAGUGGGCGCCAUUGCCGGGAGUGAUGGCGACGUUUUUGGUGUCGGCGAUUAUGCACGAAUUGAUAUUUUAUUAUUUGGGCCGAAUGAAGCCCAACUGGGAGCUGACGUGGUUUUUUGUUAUCCAUGGAUUUGCUUUGACGGUGGAGAUUCUAGUGAAGAAGGUGUUGCCCGAGAAGCGGCGGCUACCGGCGGCGGUAUCGGUGCCGGUGACGCUGGUCUUCAUCUUCUCCACUGCGAUUUGGUUGUUUUUCCCGCAGUUCAUGAGGUUGAAGAUUGACGUGAAGGCGUUUGAAGAGUACGCGGCGUUGGUCAGUUUUAUGAAGAAACUCGCUUUCCCAUUGGUCAGUUGAGUUUUUUCUUUUUCUUUUUUUUUUUUUUUAAUCAUUUAAAAUUAAGGUUAUGGAAGGCCGAUCCAAUUAUUAAAUGUUUUUUUACU